UGUGGGAGAGUGUGUGGGCGUCCCGUGUGUGGGCGGAGGCGUGUGGGCGGCGGGUGGGCACGUGGUCAUACCUGGUGCUGCUGUUGGUAGUGCAGUCUCACCCGCCGGGCUCAGCCGCCCAGUACACGGAGUCCGGGGCGUGGGUGGGCGUGGAGAACAACACCAUGGUCAACGUCAAGGCUCAGCUCGGCUACACCGCCUUCCUUCCCUGCUCUGUCCGCAUGAUUGGAGAUAAACAGAUCUCGUGGAUCCGACGGCGGGACUGGCACGUGCUGACCUCCGGGGUCUUCACCUACACCAACGACGAGAGGUUCUCCAUCACCCACCGGGACGGAGCGGACGACUGGACGCUCUCCAUCAAGUACCUGCAGGCCAGAGACAACGGCACUUACGAAUGCCAGAUCUCUACAGGGACGGGGAUCGUGAGUCAGUUCGUCAACCUUAACGUCAUCGUACCCGAGGCGUUUAUCCUGGGCAACAGCGAGUACCACGUAGAGACGGGCUCCCCUAUCAACCUCUUCUGCAUAAUUGAACAGACGCCCAUCCCGCCCCAUGUGGUGUAUUGGAAACACAACGACCGCCUUCUCAACUACGACACUGAGCGGGGAGGCGUGACUGUCACCAUUGACUACGGCACUAAGACCUCCUCCCGCCUGGUGAUAUCCAACGCUGUCACCAAGGACUCCGGCAACUACACCUGCGUCGCCCCCAACACCCAGCCGGCCGUUGUCCACGUCUUCGUCAGCCAAGAUAAGACGGCAGCGAUCCAGCGGAGAACCUCAGGGAGUGUGGGCGUGGUGUGGGCGUGGUGUGGGUGGCCGUGGGUCCUGACACUCGCCCUCUCCUCCCUGCAGUGGCCGGCAGCGCCACUCCUCUUAUAGUGCGGUUAAUCUCGCGCCACACCACCACCACCACCUCUCUUCCACCCUCACAUUACUCAUCACCUCCACCCAGCUCGCGCUGCUGAUGGGGGUGGCACCAAGCAGGCACUCGCGGUGCCAGCAACCUGGCACUUGUUGGAACCAAGUGUGCGUUGUCGUGGCCACGUGCUCUGGCCUUGUGCAGUUAUCUACCCGGAAUGUGGCACACAGCCAUGCUGUAUAACACACACACACACACACACACACACACACACACACACACACACACACACACACACACACACACACAAAAGCACGCACACAAGCACGCAUAUUUAACAGACGUGGAAGAAUUCCCAAGUAAUCAUUUCCGCAAGCUCUUAGAAAAAGCAAGAUGCAUUUGUGCUGAAAAUGUUUACCAUUACAAGUGAAGAAACAACAAGGCAUUGCUUAUCAUCACACCUCUCGAGGCCCUCACGACAGGCUCUCUGGAGGCCCUCUUGCCUCGCAGCACAACUGCUAAAGAAAAAACACUAAUGUUUCAGCAGUAAAUUCAGAGCACAAACUUAUUAUUCAAAGCCUGAGUGGAGUCCUCUUGGUUUAUGUAUCUCACAGGUCAACUGUGUGUGUGUGUGUGUACCACUCUGCCCUCACCAUCUCUGUUGGUGACUUGUGUCAGUAGCAUAGCUCACUUCAUAGCUCA